CUAAACCAAUCACAUUUUUUGUGGUGUCGUCACUUUACUUCUCUUUUAUAUAUCUCUCUCUAGUGAUUGACUAUAGGGGUCAAGUGAAGUGAGUGAAAUUUAAUAGUUGGCGGAGAGAAUGGGAAGAAAGCCGUGCUGUGAGAAGGUAGGAAUGAAGAAGGGGCGCUGGACGGCGGAGGAAGACCAGAUUCUCUCCGACUACAUUAAGUCCAACGGCGAAGGUUCAUGGCGUUCUCUUCCCAAAAAUGCCGGGCUAAAGAGAUGUGGAAAGAGCUGUAGAUUGAGAUGGAUAAACUAUUUGAGAUCAGACCUCAAGAGAGGAAACAUAACUCCUGAAGAAGAGAACCUCAUUGUUAAAUUGCAUUCCACUUUGGGAAACAGGUGGUCAAUAAUUGCGAGCAAUCUACCGGGAAGAACAGACAACGAAAUUAAAAACUAUUGGAAUUCUCAUCUCAGCCGUAAAUUCCACGGUUACUUCAGGAAACCAACCGUCACUACUGUAGUCGAGAAUGCGCCUCCGCCUCCGAAGCGUAGACCCGGAAGAACCAGCAGAUCCGCCAUGAAACCCAAAUUUAUCCUAAACCUUAAAAACCACAAAAACCCUAAUUCUUUAACGGCAAGCAAAACCGACAUUGUUUUGCCAACUACAACAAUAGAGAAUGGAGAGGGAGAAAAAGAAGACGCAUUAAUGGGGUUGUCAAGUAGUAGCUUAAGUGGAGCCAAGGAGCCUGGUUUAAGACCAUGUGGCUAUGUAGACGAUGGUUAUUGUAACCCAAGCAUUGAUGGCGACGUUGGAGUUUUGUCUCUCAAUGACGAUAUUUUCGAUUCUUGUUUUCUAUUGGACGACCCUUAUGCUUUCCACGUGUCCUCAUGUGAGUCGAACAGCGUAAAAAACUCUGAGCCAUAUGGAGGUGUCUCCGUUGGGCACAAAAAUAUCGAAUCGAUGGCUGAUGACUUCGCUGACUGGGACUUUGUAUGGAGAGAAGGUGAAACCCUUUGGCAAGAAAAAGAGAAUCUUGAUUCGGUUUUGUCGUGGCUGUUAAAUGGAGAGGAAAUGGAAUCUGAGACCGGACAAAGGGGCCCCAACGACUUUGGAGGAUCUUGACGAAGAAAAAAAGAAUAUGGCUGCUUGGCUUUUGUCUUGAAAGAUUUGGCACCAUGCAUACGCUUUUUUCUCCGUUAGAUUUUAGCAAAGGUCCCCGUGGCAGGAUCUGGUCGGUUUGUGAAUAGAACAUGUUUUUUUUGGUGUGAAUAGAACAUGUUCGUACCCUUGCGUUCGUUUUUUAGUUUUAAUUGUGCAAGUCUUUUUUUCAUGUGUAAAUACGAUUUUCGGCGUUGGAAAAUAAAACAAAAUAAAGUCGCCUUCUUAGUUAAAUUA